UCACAUUUCUACAUUCGUGGUGUGGAUUUGGUUCUGAGCAAAAUGAAACUUCUCAUCGCUUUCGCCCUGGUGGCAGUGGCCAGCGCAGAUGUGUCGCAUCUGUUCUCGCACAGCAACAACCUGCAGGAGGAUGGCUACCACUACGCCCCUCCCCGUACUCCCCUCGUGAUCGACGUGCCGGUGCCCCAUGAGUCGGCCCCUCCCCCAGUCGUCUAUGUGCCACCCAAGACGACUCCUCGUCCGGUCUACCACGCUCCUCCCCCACCACCACCACCCCCACCGAAGAAGGUCGUUUACACUCCACCACCCACUGGUAUCCUGAAGGACGAUGGCUACCACUACGGAGCUCCUUCCAUCCGUUUCGAGGCCACCGUGCCCCCACCAGUGUAUGUGCCUCCCCCAACCAAGAAGUACAUCCCACCCCCACCACCACCACCACCAACCAAGAAGUACAUCCCUCCCCCACCACCACCACCACCAACCAAGAAGUACGUGCCUCCUCCACCACCCCCAGCCCCCAAGAACGAGUACCUGCCACCUGUUGUGCACGUCCCCGUGCCCACCCAGAAGGUCGUGGUCUACACCCCACCCCCACCACCACCGCCAACUAAGCGCGUUGUGUACACCCCACCCCCACCACCACCAACCAAGCGCGUUGUGUACACCCCACCCCCACCACCACCACCGAAGAAGGUCGUCUACACACCACCUCCCACUGGUAUCCUGAAGGACGAUGGCUACCACUACGGAGCUCCUUCCAUCCGUUUCGAGGCCACCGUACCCCCACCAGUGUAUGUGCCUCCCCCAACCAAGAAGUACAUCCCACCCCCACCACCACCACCACCAACCAAGAAGUACAUCCCUCCCCCACCACCACCACCACCAACCAAGAAGUACGUGCCUCCUCCACCACCUCCCGCCCCCAAGAACGAGUACCUGCCACCUGUUGUGCACGUCCCCGUGCCCACCCAGAAGGUCGUCGUCUACACCCCACCCCCACCACCACCGCCAACUAAGCGCGUUGUGUACACCCCACCCCCACCACCACCAACCAAGCGCGUUGUGUACACCCCACCCCCACCACCGCCAACCAAGCGCGUCGUGUACACUCCUCCUAAGGUCGAGUACCUGCCCCCCGCACCCGUGCAGAAGGGCUACAGCUACCCCAACGACCCCCAGCCCUCGUUCGAAUAUUAAGCUGAUCCAACUCAUUGUAAAUACUCAGAUUAAGUAUUAGCCAUAUAUGGGAACGAAUUGUGAAUCGGUGGCUUGGCCUUUCGCAGAAAAGCCGAAUCCACUGUGAAUAACUGUCUAACAAUAAAUCAAACGAUUUAAAAA